AUGGCCGCGGCCGUGGCCAUGCUGGACGAGAGACAUAAUGAUUUACCUGCCAGACCGAACGACAGUAACACAUACAUCUUAGGUCGGAUAUUUGGUCACAACGUGGCUAUUGCAUGUCUUCCAUCGGGUGUUUACGGUACAACGUCCGCCGCAGCAGUGGCUAUACAGAUGCAGUCCACUUUCAAAUCGAUACGUUUUGGCCUCAUGGUAGGCAUCGGAGGAGGGGUUCCAAGCGGAAGCGCUGAUAUUCGGCUGGGUGAUGUGGUGGUUAGCAAGCCGACAACAAACUUGGGAGGAGUCAUCCAGUAUGACUAUGGGAAAACAGUGGCUGGUGGCCGCUUUGAACGCACUGGUGUGUUGAAUAAACCACCACCCGUGCUCUUAACAGCGGUCUCAAGACUACAGGCAGAGCAUAGACUGAAGCCAAGCAAAAUUCCCAGUCUUCUUUUAGAGGCAGUGGCUAAGAACCCUGAGAUGAGGAAGAAGUUCACAUAUCGUGGUGAAAAUCAGGAUAUAUUGUUUGGUUCUGAAUACGAUCACCCUGACUUGGGAAAUAGUACUUGCGACAACUGCGAUGCAGGAAGACGUGUGACACAAGUUGCCCGGCCUAGUCAUAAUCCGGUAAUCCAUUAUGGUCUGAUUGCAUCUGGCAACCAGGUGGUGAAGCAUGGCCGCAGCAGGGAUUAG